CCUCGGUCAGUUCACCGUACGCGCCCGCGCGGUCACCAGCGCGCCAUAACGUUCCAUUUUUAAAUUCAAAUUCAAAAUUAACUUUUUUCAUCAUACAUUUUCGGCCAGUUGUAUUACAUAGACUAUAAUGUAAAGCCAAAGGAGUUUUUGUAUUCGCGAAACAGGUUCCUUGGUGCGCGGUCAGUGCCACAAACUUUUAUGCAAAGGAUGCACUUUACAGCGAGUUAUUAAGAGAAAUUAUUUGAGAUGGAUCGGUUACUGGUGCUGGCACUCUCAGCCGUCAUCCUAGCCUGCCUCCAGCCCACCGAAGCAGACACCGUGCUGUCCUCAGUGCUGACCCCCACUGAAGUGCUGACCCCCACAGAUGGCACGAAACUGAACCGGCAGAGUCGGAGCUACUACGACCGGUACGGUACCGGCCGGCCGUACGCGAGGCUAGAGUACGGAAGGUUGGACUACGACCGACCGGCGAGGUGUGGAAGAUGCCAGGAUGAUAGGGACGAACGGGACGACGAUUAUGACCGACGUCGCGGCUACGACGACGAUCGGCGUUCUCACAGACCCACCUAUGGGAACCGGUACGAUCGAAACAAGGGCGGAGAUGAUGAUGACGAUGACCGCCGCUACAACACCGACAGAAACAGCAACAGCAACAAGAACGGCACUGAUAAUGAGGGGGACAAGGACAAAAACUAUGAUGACAAAGACAGCCGUCCAAGCGGCAGCAAGCGAGACAGGGACAGGAAUCGCGACCGGCAUAGAGAUCGGGACGAUGACAGAGACAGAUAUAGGCCUGACUACUAUGACAGAUUCUUAGGGGAUAGACGAGAUAGAGAUAGGUACGACAGACCGUACUACGAUGAUCCGUACAGGGAAAGAAGGCCUUUAUACGAUAGGUACCCGGAUAGAUACGAUGGAUACGGAUACACAGGGUACAGAAGACCUGUCUACGAUGACAGAUAUGAUAGAGUAGGAGCGUACGACGAUUCAUUUGGUGGAUAUGGACCUGGUGUUGGAAGAGGGCCACAUGAUAGUUUCAGGCCAUGGGACGAGACGUACCGCGGGCAGGCGGGGUGGGACGCGGGGGGUCGCGGGUACUACUUCGCGUCGGGCCGCCCCGACGAGGCGCCCGCGCAGCCCUGGGGCCGCCCUGAGUAUGCCAGACCACAGUACGGCGAGAGCGGUUGGCAAAACGUGGGCUAUUCCGGCGGUGGUUGUCGCGAUCCUGUGCAGUACCAGGGCAGCCUGGGCUACGGUGAAGGGGGCUACCGGCAAGACCUGAGCGCCAGUUACGGACAGGGCGGCGGUUACGGACAGGGCGGCGGUUACGGACAGGGCGGCGGUUACGGACAGGGCUUCAGUUACGGACAGUCCAGUGGCUGGAGGAACGUGGGGGAGAGAAGACCGUAUAGAGAUGAGAGUGGCGUCGCAAACCUUGACAAAGUGAAGCAACCCGCCCGCCAAAGCUACGUUCAACCUAACCGUCCCAGCGACUAUGGACAGGCGUACGCGCAGCCCAGCAACGGCUAUUCAAGCGGCAACGUCUAUUCGAACGGCAACGGCUAUUCGACCGGCGGCAACGGCUAUUCGAACGGCAAUGGCUACGCGAAUGCCGCUCCCGCUUCCAGCAGCAGUACCACGCCGAACACAAGCUACCUAUUUCAGAGAGAAGAUGAGAGGGUGACCACAAAAACUGAUGAAACUACUAAGGCAGCACAAGGGGCAUAAUAUUUUGGUGCAUUUAAGAACUGAUGACUUAUUUUUAAGAGUGUGCUGAAAAGGUAAUGCUGCAAUUUAGUUUCGUUCGUUCAGUCAAAUGACCUCCACUACUAAACAAAGGCCUAAAUUUAGAUUAAAAUAUCCUCCCGAUCCAGUUAUUGUUCUAAUUGUUCGGCGUAAUAACAUCUAAGCACUAUAAAGCUUAUCCGUAAAUACUUUAUUUCAACUAUUGUUUUAUGACUUUCAUCAGAAAGAAAUAAAUUACUUGAUGGAAGGAAAGUUGUAAAAUGACGUCAUUCGUGAGUUGAAAUUAACGAUCUUAGUCGUAGCAAUAUUUUUUUAUGAAACUGAGGAUAUCGAGCUACACUCAAUGUUUUUCAAUAAUUAAGUGUAUCUUUUUCCAUUCUUUCUUAACGAAGAAGAACAAAAAACUUCCUUAGAGGUUCCAAAUACACUUUUUCAAUAAUAAUUUUAAAUUGUCUAACGUUAAGAGUCGAAGAUCAGUUUUGCAUGCAUUUUUCCAAGUUAUUUAAACUACUUUUUCAAUUCAAAUUAAUGAAAUAAAAUAAAAAAACCUAUGAAAAUGAAGAAACCUAAAUAUAAAAAUCAAUCACUCUGCCAAGCUCAAAUAAAAUUAAUUUAGAUUUAAGAAUACAAACACGUAAAGUGUGUAAUGUAGGCUAUGAACUUUAAAGAA